CGUCGUGACGACAGUCGUUUAAAAAAAGACCUUUUCUUAACAGUUGACUCGUUACAGCGGUCUAGCGGCACGAUAUGUCAGGAAUGGAGCAGCUUUGCAAACUUUUCGUUGGCGGCCUGAACGUCCAAACAACUAACGAUGGCCUCCGCGCUCAUUUUGAACAGUAUGGGUCACUAACCGACUGCGUGGUUGUCCAAAACGAUCAACUUCAGCGGUCUCGUUGUUUCGGCUUCGUAACCUACUCCUCCGCAGAGGAGGCUGAUGCAGCAAUGGCCGCCAGGCCACAUGUGGUAGACGGUAAAACCGUAGAGCUAAAGAGAGCCGUGGCUCGGGAAGACGCCGGGAAGCCCGAAGCUCUCGCCAAAGUCAAGAAGAUAUUCGUCGGGGGUUUAAAAGAGGACAUCGAGGAGAACACCCUCACCGAGUAUUUCUCGCAGUUCGGCAUGAUCGAGAAAUCCGAAGUCAUCACCGACAAAGACACCGGCAAGAAACGUGGGUUCGGCUUUGUCCACUUCGAAGAUAACGACUCGGCCGACAAAGCCGUCGUGCUCAAGUUCCACAUGAUCAACGGGCACAAAGUGGAGGUGAAGAAAGCGCUCACGAAACAAGAGAUGCAGGCCGCCGGUGGAGUUCGGGGCGGCAGGGGGAGAGGAGGAGGAAGAGGUAUGGGCCGUAAUCAAAAUGGCUUCGGUGGCGGGAGAGGAGGCUACGGGGGUGGCUAUGGCGGAGGCUACGGCGGCAGUGAUGGCGGCUACGGCGGCGGCUAUGGAAGCGGAGGCUAUGGAGGAGGAUACGGAGGAGGCUACGGCGAACAGAUGGGAGGCUAUGGCGGUGGUAAUGGUUACAGUGACUUUGGCAGCGGAUACGGCCAGCAGUCCUCCGGCUACGGGCCCAUGAAGAGUGGAAACACGUACGCCGGCAGAAGCGGAGCCCCUUACACCCGUGGCGGCGGGCCUGGUUACGGCAGGGGUGGCUACGGAGGCUACUAAAGCGGGUUGGGAAAGACUCGGAAAGCUGUCCCCCAAGGUUCUCUCUCGGUUUCCACGUUGGGCUCAUUCACCCGGCCAUGCAAGAGAUGGUGGACACUGUGAAAGCAUACCUUAAAGACCUCAAUUCUUAACAGGUAGGAAGAAGAUAUCUUCCCAGAAACCUGACUUGCUCGACCAGCUUUAGUUUUAGGACGUGUUCUGUUAUAUAUAUAUAUUAGAUAUCAUUUAUUUUCCUCGUUUUAGGUCAUGCAGCAAAGUUGGCCCUGGUUGUUUUCUUUUACUUGUGUGUUUUUUUUUUUUUUAAGAUUAGAAUUGUUCGUAACCCAUUCGUUUUAAAAUUCAGUUUUGUUCAACACUGGCGAUUUGUUGUCAAAAUGCAUUCUCCGUAGACUUGUUUUCUAUAUAAACUGUUGCCUAGCAUUGUCUUGGGGGAUUAACGCAUGCAGUUUUGAGUUUGUGUUCGUCUGUGUAAAACCCACCACGCGUUUUUCCAAACUAGUUUUAUCAUGAUGGGAUAGAUUAGCCUACGCCAUUUCUUUUAUUUUGUAAACCAGCGCGGAAACCCACUCAUGGAGUUCAGUUCAACGCUGUAUGAGCAUCAUUACUUCCAACAUUCUCUUGUGUAUUGUAUAUUAUGUCUUCAGAUCAAUCCAGUAUUGUUAAACAUUGAUAUGCAAUUGUAUGUUACUUUUUAAAUAAACGUUUCACAGCUUAA